CGCACGGCCGCGUAGCUCCGAUCUUGCCGAAAACGCCUUGCGGGGAGGUUGAGCCGCUUGCACAAUGUCUGAAAUGAACGAGCUGUCCGAGCUCUAUGAGGAAAGCAAUGACCUGCAGAUGGAUGUGAUGCCUGGCGAGAGUGACCUUCCGCAGAUGGAGGUAGGCGGCGGGAGCCGGGAGCCAUCCCUGAACCCCUCCCGCGCCGGGGCCCAGCCACAGCUGGAGGAGGAAGGCCCGAUGGAGGAGGAGGCCGCCCAGCCAAUGGCGGAGCCGCUGGGGCAGCGAGGCCUCGCUAGCCGGCCCGGCCCUGGGGAGCAGCCAGGCCAGAUCGCGGGCCCUGAUUUCGAGAGCGAGGACGAGGGCGAGGAAUUCGAUGACUGGGAGGACGACUGCGACUAUCCGGAAGAGGAGCAGCUGAGUGGUGCAGGCUACAGAGUAUCAGCGGCCCUUGAAGAAGCCAACAAGAUGUUUUUGAGAACCUCCAGAGCAAGAGAAGCAGCUCUGGAUGGCGGGUUUCAGAUGCAUUAUGAGAAGACCCCGUUUGAUCAGUUGGCUUUUAUCGAAGAGCUUUUUUCACUCAUGGUUGUCAAUCGUCUGACCGAAGAGCUCGGCUGUGAUGAGAUUAUUGAUAGAGAGUAGUUAAACGCUGUGAAGAGAGGAGGAAACUACUUGAGGAGAGACCUGGCAUUCCACUGUCUCUUGGGUUCAUUCCAAAUAGUUCCGUGCCAAUGAAAAACUUGGUCUUCAAAAAAAAAAAAUUUUUUUUUUUUGUAGAAUAAAGUAGCGACUGCACAGUUAUGAAAAAGGAAAUUGUUAAAGAAAAGGAUCUAAAUACUGUUGAAACCUGUUUUCAAGAAUGUCCUGAAACAUUUAUGGCUUUGACUUUGUUAUUGAUCCAGAUUAAUUUCCUUGCAUUGAGGAAAAUAUAUGUUCCUGUAAGGGAUGGCUUUGCAAGAGCAAAAGACUCUGGUUGAACUUCAUAAUGUAAGAACUGUUAAGUGAAAAUUGUCCAGUAAAAGGAAAGCCCUACACCUAAAAAAGACUUCAUGAACAACCCUUAAAGGUUUUAAACCUGCCCAGAAAUCCACCUCGGUAUCUGAAGUUUCCCUCUGUCUCCUCCUCUAAUUAAGCUUGUUAGUGGUUAUGCACCAGCAUUGGGGAUAAUAAAAAUUUCUUGUUCUGUGUA